GGCAUCUGGCAAGUCCUGAGUCCCGGCUCCGACCUGCAAAGAUCCGAAGAUUUACGUCCACAUUCGGGAACUGGCGAAUACUGCUCGCGGGUAGUAGAUUAUCAUGUCGGCUCAAGCUUCGUCUUCGGCUCCCCGCCAUGCUCACGCCAGAGCACUGCUUGGACCUCAAGACUUCGCAAGGGUAGCGAGCGCAAAGCUGCUAGUCGUUGGCGCGGGUGGAAUCGGCUGCGAACUGCUCAAGAAUCUCGUCUUGGUCGGCUUCAAAGAUAUCGAAGUGAUCGAUUUGGACACCAUAGAUCUCUCAAACCUUAAUCGGCAAUUUCUGUUCAACAAGUCGCACAUCAAAAAGUCCAAAGCGUUGAUCGCCAGUAGCGUAGCCCAGACAUUUUGUCCCAGCGCUCGCAUCCAACCUCACCAUGCCGACAUUCUGCGAGGAGGACCCAACGGCGGCAAAGAUGGCGCGAAAUUCGGAGCAGCAUACUAUGCAGGCUUCGAUGUGGUGCUCAAUGCAUUGGACAACUUGGAAGCGAGGAGGCAUGUCAAUAAAAUGUGCAUUGCUGCGGGCACACCGUUGGUGGAGAGCGGCACUGCUGGUUUCUUGGGACAGGUGCAGCCCAUCAUGAAGGGCAUCACCGAAUGCUACGAUUGCGUUCCGAAAGAAACGCCGAAAUCCUACCCAGUCUGCACAAUCCGUUCGACGCCUAGCACACCUAUUCAUUGCAUUGUGUGGAGCAAGAGCUGGCUUUUCAAUCAACUAUUUGGAGAAGAUGACGAGACUGAGGACGUCGAGCUCGAUAAGGCGCUUGCAGAUGGGGAGAAUGCUAAAGAGAUCGAUAAUCUGAGGGCCGAAGCCCGCGAAAUGAGAGACAUCCGCUCCUCUCUCUUAGCCAGCCCCGAGAAGGUGCGCGAGAAUGCGCUCAGAGUGUUCAACAAGGUGUUCAAAGCGGACGUCGAGCGUCUACUGAGCAUGGAGGAGAUGUGGAAGAAUCGCAGGAGGCCGGUGCCCAUUGAUUUCGAGAGUGCUAGAACGGACGCCACAGAAGCUGAAAGGGAGAAAAGUGGCUUGAAAGACCAGAGGUUGCUGAGCCUGAGGGAGACUGUUGAGAUGUUUGAGCAGAGCCUUGGAGCUCUUGCGCAGCGCUACGCUCGUGAUCCCUCAGAACCCCUCUCCUUCGACAAAGACGACGACCCGUCACUAGACUUUGUGACAUCCUCGGCAAAUUUGCGCGCAAGAGUCUAUGGCAUAGAGCCACGCACGCGAUUCCAGGUAAAGCAAAUGGCGGGAAACAUCAUUCCAGCCAUCGCCUCUACGAACGCAAUCAUCGCCGGUGCUCUGGUGCUUCAAGCCCUUCAUGCUUUAGCUGGAAGAUGGGACCAAGCCAGACUGGUCAACAAGACUAGCUUGCCUCAAUUCAUCGUGGGGAGCAAGACGACCAAGCCCAACCCUGCCUGCGGAGUAUGCCAAAACGUAUACGUGCCUUUCGCAGCUGAUCCGAGGCGAGUCACGCUUGGUCAAGUGAUCGAGCAGGUCGCAAAGGGCCGAAGAAUGGAAGGCGGUGGCUUGGGCAUCCAAGGCGACCUUGAAGUCUACGAGGGCAACCGCCUUCUCGCCGAUUCUGAUUUCCAAGACAAUCAUUCGAAGUCAUUGGCAGAGCUCAGCAUCGCGGUCGGGAGCAUCAUCAGCCUAGUAGACGAGGAAGGGCAGAAAGCAAACGUCAACCUCCUCAUCGAGACUCUUGAUUUGAGCAGCGUCAUUGAAGGGGCAGUUCCAGCUCCUUGGGCCUUGCCGCCCUUGAAUAAGUUGCCAGAUCUCAUCGACAGGCCUAUCAUUCCAGAGCCCGAGCCGGAUACAGAGGACGAGAAUGACGACGUCACCAUUGUCGACGCGCCCUUGGAUCCCGAGAGAAAGGCAUCGGGCGAUCGCAAGCGACGUGCAGAUGAGGACCUGCAUAGAGAGGCGAGCAGCAAGCGCAAAGCUGCAGAGGCAGAUGGAGGAGAUCAGAAGGACGGCAAGGCACGAAGGGCCCACGAUGGCAAUUCUUUCGAAUCGGCAAUCGAGCUCUAGUGUGUUGAGCGUCGAGGGCAGGUGCGCAUCGCACUCAUCUUGUUGCCUCAGAAUACGCGCACAC